GAUCAUACUUUCAAUACAUUUCGGCCUUACUUAAAUAUUCAUGAAUUCUCGUACAAGGCAACAGCGGAAUUUUAACGGAGAACUGUCUAUUUAAUAUUUUUAACCAUAUUUUCUCCCCAAACAUGAGGAUCUUUUCUCUAGAUAUAUUAUUCCUGGCUGCAUUUUAUACGAACGUUGAAAUAUAUGCGUUCCCCUCGUACGGUAAUUCUUUUCUAGGGAAGGAUUAUUGGAAUACACGAUGUCAAAUGAAUUAUGUGGAUUGGUUAGGAUUCUGGAAUAACCAAGGCGAUCGACAGGGAUAUAAAAGAUCUAACCAAGGAAGUCAUUGGUCUUGCCCUUGCGCCUCGUGUUUAAAUAUGGAGCUUCAGUGUAGCACAUACGGAAGUGUCCAAUUAAAGACUCGCAAUUACAUUCCUAAAGUGCGAAUAAUAAAAAACGGACAACUGCCUCGGCGUCUUACGGAAAUUGAAUUAAUCAAUGUCGGCCUUGAGUCUAUCGAAUGGAAGGUGUUUCAUAAUUUAACAAAUUUGAAAGUUUUAAAUCUUGGUGAAAACAAGCUGACUGUAAUUCCCGAUGUUUCCAGAAAUUCGAAGCUGGAAAAACUAAUUUUAGAUCACAACGAGAUAAAUAUUUAUUUGGAGAACAUCACAGCUUUACCCAAGAGUCUGAAGGAAAUUGUUUUACUGGGAAAUAAGAUUACGUUCAUACCGGAUCGCUUGUUUGAUCUUCCCAAUCUCGAAAGAAUUUCAUUGAGUGACAACUUGUUGACAAGGUUUCCCGAUUUUUAUAACCCUAAAAAGCUUGAGUUUAUUUCCGUUGAUAAAAACAAAAUUAAACAAAUGAGCUCCACCGGCUUACAAGUGUUCUUUAGCAACCACACACAAUUAAAACAUCUUAAUUUAAGCAACAAUAAAAUUGAAUACAUGCCACCGAAUACUCUUUCAAACCUCAAGCAUUUGAAAAUUUUGGAGCUCCAUGAUAAUGAAAUCAGCACCAUCGACGCUGAAGUGUUCUACAAGAUACCAGAACUCUGUCAUUUAGACUUGCGAGGUAACAAGCUCAAGGUGAUAACAGCACGGGGCUAUACACCAGUGUUUGAAGAUUUACCAAAUUUGAAAGCAUUGGUUUUAACGGGCCAAAAUCCAAAGACAGAGGUCGUAAUGUAUAAUGCGUUUAAAAAACUUCCAAAGCUAGAGCAUUUGUGGUUGGAUAAAAACAAUCUUAAACAUUUUCCACAUCCAGCUUUCUCCCAAGAAGAAUGGCCAAGUAUUAAAGAGCUGCACAUUGAAGGAAAUAUCCUGACAACCUUAUCAAGUUAUUCCAAAACUGAUUUCCCUCCAGAUAUGCUGGUUCUUUGGGCCUCAAGCAAAGAUGCGAAUAAACCUUUUGCUCAGAUGAAAUCUUUGGAAAAACUGUUCGUUCAUUCCAAUGCUAUUGAUAGGGUUGAGGAAGAAGAUUUGUGGGAGCUCCACAAAUUAAAUGAGUUAUAUUUGUCUCAAAACUAUCUAACUGAAAACACCAUACACCCGGAAUCAUUUCGGAACACGUCAUUGACCAAACUUCAUUUAGAUGCAAUGUCAGGAACUAGAAUACAAUAUGUGCCAUCUGCGAUGCUUGAAAAAACAAGACUGCCCUCCGUGACGGAGAUAGAUCUUUCUUCAAACAGACUUACCUUUCUACUUAAUGGUUCGUUCUCGGCCCUGGAUACAUUAAACAGCUUAAGACUUAGUAACAAUAUCAUUGUCUCCGCUGAAACUGGAGCUUUUCCAAGCAAUAUUCAACAAAUUGAUCUGGCUAACAACCGAUUCGACUUCAGACAUCCCGACGUUUUUGCUAAUUUACCGUCACUUUGGUAUUUAUCCUUGUACAGCAACAGGAUUACGUUCAUACCAAAAAAUGCAUUUGAUGGUCUGACAAACCUGCAAACAUUGUACCUUUCUAGCAACACGAUUGGAAGAAUUUUGAAAUCGUCGUUUAAGGACUUGAAGAAACUUUCUACCUUGGGUAUAAAUAACAACAGAAUUUCGUACAUCGAGGAGGGAACGUUCACGUCUUUGGAUCGACCUCGAUAUGUUUCAUUUGACUUUAGUUCAAAUCAUCUGAUUCUGUUGCCUGCUGAAAGAGAUUUUGAUGGCCUUACAAUCUCAUAUUUUUACGCACAUAACAAUCGACUCACAAGGAUACGAUCGCGGACAUUUUCCAAUGUUGCAUGCUCUAGACACACACCAUCAGAAUAUCAUAUAGAGAGAUGGACAUUUUACAACAACGAUAUCGUCGAAAUAGAAGAAGAAAGUUUUGUGAACAUUACUGGAAGUUGCACUAUCGAAUUUAGUCAAGGAACAACUAAUACAAAUCCGCUGAAAAACAUGGAGUCGAGAGCUUUCCAUAAUGUGAAAGCAAAUACAAUUACUUUGUCUUCGUUGGAACUUACGACGCUUCGAACAGAAACCUUCAAGAACGUGAAACUUGCAAGUAGAGAUCUGAAACUUGAUAGGAACUCAAUUAAGACUAUUGAACGUUUUGCAUUUGAUGUACUUGAUGCAAGAUACUUAAAUCUAGAGUAUAACAAAAUAAAAGAUAUAAGUGCACAAAUUUUUGGCAGUGGAUCUAAAUUGCAAUAUUUACAUUUGCAUAACAACGAAAUCAAAUCACUCAGUGGGGAUUCAUUUCUUGGUCUUAAUCUAAUCUACGAUUUGAAGCUUUUCAAAAACAAGUUGGUGAUUUUUCCUUUUGAUGCUUUAAAGAGAUUAAAUCCCCGAGAUUUGGACUUAAGUGACAACGAAAUCCCGUCAUUGCCUAGCAGUUCUUUGGACAGUUUAACUAACCUGCAUACGCUGAAUUUGAGAAGAAACAAGCUGAAUAAGUUGGAAAAAGAUGUAUUUCAGAAGCUUACAAAUUUGUAUUGGCUCUAUUUAACAAGUAAUGAAAUUAAAGAAAUUGAAGAAGGAACCUUUAACAACUUAAAUUCCGUCUGGGAAAUCUCCAUGCAAGACAACCAAAUAAUAAAUAUCCCAACUUUUCCAUCUUUACCUCAACUUCGGACAAUAUAUCUGGAAAGAAACAAUCUUCAAAUGAUGGGAAUCCUGGCUUUUAGUAAAUUACCAAAACUUAGCUACUUUGUAAAUAAAUGCAUACUAAAAUAUUCGCUUAGACUUUUACAUGCUUGUACGUGCACCAUGAAAAACGCGCAAGUGGAAAGCAAUUUUGUAAGUCAGACGCUUGGCAAUAAUCCUCUAGCAUGUGGCUGUAAUGUAUUCAACUCCAUUCUUGCCGUUAAAGACGUAGUAUCAGCGGGAUCUCAAGCAUUGUGCGACAAACCGUCUCGAGUGCAGGGAGCUAUUCUUCCUAAAAACUACUUAGCUUAUGAUAGAAGAGACUUUACUUGCGCUCCAGUUAACGUGAAGGCCUCUACACCAGGAGAUUUUCAAUUGCGCGUUGACUGGGUACCAACUGCUUACACUUAUGCUGUCGAGUUCUUCAAUGGAACAAACGGGACACUUCAAGUGCUUUCCGAUAAUACGACGACUCUCAAUCUUACUUAUGUUGUUACGUGCCGUGGGCCGGAGAAUAAAAUCUUGAAACAGAUCACUAAUCGUACGUGGGUUGUUUUCAACAAGAUCGACGGUAUUCUGGCAGGAAGUGAUUAUUCGUGUUUUGUGCAGACUGUUGAAGUUGUCUUGAAUGGGAGUAGAGAGGUGAUAUCAAGGACAAGCGUGGAUAGUCAUUCGGUUCUUCAGACUACUAUUGAGGGUAUAGCACCGAUAGUCAACACCACGACAAACACCUCAAAUUAUUAUUUGGACAUUACGUAUUACGAUUUUAAAGCUUCAGAAUCUGAUUUUGUCAGCGUAAAUUACGAUGGACCUUUCCCUAACCCAAGAUACAUAGCGAGCCCGUUUGAAAGCUGGUUAUAUUACGACGGCCAUCCGGGCCACUCCGACUGGUUCAGGAGUGAGUCCGUGAGGAACCGGCACUAUACGGAUUCCAUUGAACUGACGAGCACUCACGAUGUAGAUAAAAAGGGAAAUCGUGUCAAUCGAUAUUUUUCGACGAAAUUUUUCCCGGUAGAUGGCCGGGGGUUUAGGGCCGAGGGACAACGGGAUUGCGUGACUAAUGCGCUGAGAAAUUUUGGAUUCACAGCAGCAGCAAGAAAUACCUUCACGUAUUCUGGUAACGAAAUAUUGACAUUCGCUGGUGGGGAGGAGCUUUAUGUGUUUAUAAAUAAGCAGCUUGUGAUCCAACUGUUUCAUGAUCCAGGGAAUGGCUCGGUCCCGUGCGCGAUUGUUGAACUGCAGGCUGCCUCAGGAGACGGUAAUAUUGAAGUCAAGGAAGGCGUAUUAUCUCAUCAUAAUUGUGAAAAUGUCAAACCAAGCGCGAAGAAAGUGCAACUGAAUCUUCUCGUUGGCGUACCUUAUCGCCUGGAAGUUUUCUUAGCAGAGAGGUUUCUGUGCCAGUCUUUGUUUCUGUACCAAGCCAGCGGCACCUCGUUUGUGCAACCAUGGCAACCAACACGAGUUGUCGACUACCUUGCUACGAUUCCAGAAUCAUUUCAUAUUGGCGCACGGGUGAAGGAAUUUACGAUUGGUGACGAUUUUACGACUGGAGAGUACAGUAUCAACGUUCUAAGCGGCAACAACCAACGAAGGUUCGCAAUCAAUCGUUCGACAUACACUCCGCCAGCAAGCCCCACGCCGCCUGUCGAAGAAACGGUAAACAUCGCAGGAGACACAGUGAUAUUGUGCGCCAACUCUAGUAACGUCACACAACCUAUCGCGAAUGUAUCAACCACCGUGGAAACAUUUACUAUACCAUCUGGUGACCGCACUGCGUUUUUGACAUUAGCCAGAAGUUUGGAUUACGAGGCCACUAAAGAGUACGAACUCUUGCUACAAAUAGAAGCAAGUGGACGUCAAGGGAACGUCACCAUUCGGAUAAUCGUCCAAGACGUGAACGACAACUGCCCUAUCUUACCACGAGUGUCCUAUAGUUUUACCCCAGUCCCUCCUCUUGUACCGGCAGCGUUCUUCAUAAUCAAAGCGACAGAUCUGGAUAGCGGUGAUAAUGCACGGAUUUCGUAUUAUCCACAACGUAUUUCGGAAAGGCACGAAGUGAGCCGUAUUCGCUAUCAUACUAGGAACUUUACUGAAGUUAUCUGGGUUAACACGACGACGGAAACGGAGUGGACAUACAAAAUAUAUGCCGUAGAUAACGGAAACCCUAGACGUGGUGACUUUAUACCAGUUAAUGUUACCAUCAACGCUACCUGUACUAGUCAUGCUAACUUUGUUGUUAAUAAUACCUCUGGGGAAGUGUUCUUACGAGCUCCGAAUCUUACAGGGUCUAUAUAUCCUCUAAACUCAACACAUAAGCCAAUGUGCCGACGUUGUCGUACAGGUUACUACUGUGUCGGGGAUGGGACGGAAUUACCUUGUGGAAAAUUUUCACCUACUGAAUAUUCAUUUGCUGGUGCGAGAAAGUGCGAUAAAUGUCCUGAAGGCUGGCUGUGCCACAAUGGUACUGCCUUGCCAUGCCCAGCAGACACAUGGAUCGCGUGUAACGAGAGCUUCUGCCCAGAGAAGUGCAAUGCUUGUGAGCCUGGUACGGUUUGUUUCAAUGGGAAACGAAUGGAUUGUGACCCUGGAACCUACAGCAACGGCACUGGUUUUCCAUGCCAAUUAUGUCCUCCUGGUAGCUACAACAACAUCACGCGUGCCACGACCUGCGCAUGUUGUCCCGCGGGAUACACCAGCACUUAUCGAAAGAACACUUGUCGUGCCUGUCACGUGCGUGAGUGGGCAGAAGAAGGGAAUUUUCCAUUCUGUGGUCUAUGUAAGACAUGCGUCACUCCCAGUCAAUGUCCAUGUUUGACUGUACCUUCGCCGUGUUUCAAAGGAGUAACGUGUCGGAAUUUAGACUAUGGAAAUUAUCAAUGUGGAGAUUGUCCUCCGGGGUAUGAAGGGAAUGGAACCGCCUGUAUCGACAUUGACGAGUGUUCCCGUGCAUCGCCCUGCAACUCAACCUGCACAAAUCUUUCACCUGGCUAUCGCUGUGGCGGGUGUCCAUCUGGUCACCGGGGAAGCGCCCCCUCGGGGAUUGGUCUUCAUCAAGCAAAGACAAAGCAAGUCUGUGAAGAUAUAGAUGAAUGUUCAGAAGGGAGUCACUUGUGCGAUAAGAAUGCGAAAUGCGUUAACACAAUUGGCAGCUACAAGUGCGGUGCUUGUAAUGCAGGUUUUAUUGGCAAUGGAUACAGUGGAUGUGUCCCAGGAGACUUCUGCGAUGCAGGCGUCAGCGAUUGCCAUGCCAAUGCAACAUGCACUUCGCAGGGAUCCGGGCGCUACACAUGCGAGUGUAAAGAUGGUUUUGGAGGUGAUGGUAAGGAGUGUGGACCAGAUACUGAUUUAGAUGGAAUACCAGAUAAACCUUUAAGUUGUUUCGUUCCGCCUUGCAAGAUGGACAACUGUCCGUAUGUUCCUAACGAAGGCCAAGGUGAUAAUGAUGACGAUAGUGAUGGCGAUGAUUGUGAUUCUGAUGAUGACAAUGAUAAUAUCCCAGAUGUUGAUGAUAACUGUCCCUUCACUGCAAACGAUGAUCAGAAAGACAGCGAUAAUGACGAUGUUGGUGAUGCUUGCGAUAACUGCAAGUUUGUGAAAAAUACAGAUCAGAGGGACCUCGAUAGAGAUGGAGUCGGAGAUGGUUGUGAUAAUGACAUAGACGGGGAUGGUUUUCAAAAUGUGAAUGACAGAUGUCCCCAGCUGAAUACUACAGAUCAAACAGACACAGAUGGUGAUGGUAUCGGUGAUAAAUGCGAUAAUUGUCCCAAAAAUUCAAAUAGCAAUCAGCGUGACAGUAAUCAGAACGGCUAUGGAGAUUUGUGUGAUCUCUCAACUGGAACAGAUAGGGAUGGUGAUAGUGUUUUUAAUGAUUAUGAUAAUUGUGUCAACCUUCCAAAUGCUGAGCAAGCAGACAAAGAUAACGAUGAUUCUGGGGACGCAUGUGAUGACGACAGCGACGGCGAUGGCGUAUUGGACGCCGAUGACAACUGCCCUUUAGUGAAAAAUCCUGAUCAGAAACAUGUUAACCUAACAUUCGAUGCUUUUGGUGUUGAGGUUGGUGAUCUUUGCGUCAAAGAUUUUGACGGGGAUGGUUACUCCGACGAGAAGGAUUCAUGUCCACAUGUUGCGAAUAUUCAUAAAACGUCAUUCGAGGAAAACUUUAUUGUAUGGCUUGAUGGGCAGCAGGCCGAUGAUAAUUUGUGGAAAGUUUCAAACGAGGGCCGAGAUAUUCAAUAUUCGUCCAAUAGAAGCAGUCCAUCAAUGUUGAUAGGUAAUCAACGCUAUGGGCCUGUUGAUUUCUCUGGUACGAUGUUCGUAAAUACGCACGAGGGACUGAAUUACAUCGGUUUUGUUUUCGGUUAUCAGUCGAAUAGAAAGUUUUACGCGGUCCUGUGGCGACAUAAGAAUCUGAAUCUCGAGGAGAAAACGUACAAAGCUGGUAUUAAAGGUCUUCAAUUAAAGCUCAUAAACAGUGCUACUGGUCCCAGCGAUGUUCUAGCUCAAGCUUUGUGGCAUUCCAGAGAGACCGUAGACCAGGUUUCGGUACUCUGGCACGAUCCUCUUAUGCAAGGAUGGGAACACAGAACUCCUUAUAGAUUUUAUCUCAAAUAUCGUCCUUCUGUUGGCAAAAUAAGGCUGAUUGUUAACAACGGAGAUUCUAUUAUCGCGGAUUCUGGGGAUAUUUAUGAUACCACGAUCACAGGAGGGCGGUUAGGGGUAAUUGUGUAUGGACAGAAGGAUGUUGUUUGGUCUAGGCUGCAAGCAAAUUGUCAGGAUAGGGAAAACCAUGCGCUAAAGUUUGACGGAGUUGGCGAUUAUGUCUCGUUGCCUUCCGCUAAGGAGCUUCAACUUACUGACAGUUUUACCAUCAGUGUGUGGAUUAGACUCGCGAAAUCUUACCCAGUUACGGUGAUGCCAAUUGUAUGUACCCUGGAUGACACCAUAUGUCUUUUUAUAGUGGACAGGAAGCUACGAGGUCGACUGGGGACGGCCGUUGUAACGAGUGGUGACGUCAUCGACGCUGAUAAUUGGCAUCACGUGACCUUGAGAUACGAUGCUCAAAGACAUGAACUUGCGACAUUUCUGAAUGGAACUAAAGAUACGAGUUUAUCAAAAGUACAACCUUUAUCUUGGGUCAACAAUUCCGCUGUAUAUUUAGCAAGGGACGAAAAUGCGUUUUUCAAAGGAAUGUUGGAUGAUGUUUCAUUCUGGCCAGUCAAACAACAAGAUAGCGAAGUGGAGGAUUACUCUAAAAUAGCUGGACUGUCCUGGCCUAAACAUAAGCGUAUUGUUCGCGCCCAUUAUACGAUGGACCAGAGGUUGGGUGAGGUUGUACCUGAUGAAUCUGGGAAUAAUCUGAGUGGCACUUUGAAAGGAAAUCCUCAAUGGGUAGAAAGUUCCCUUGACAAGGUCCGGUUCCAACUUACUCAUCCCAACAACAGAAAACGAAGACACGUUCCACAUAUCAUUCAUUCAGAGUUAUAAGCGGUCGAGACCUUUUAAACAGAUUGCGCAUAAUCACAUGUCAAACAUGGGAGCCUUUGCUUUUUUGUACAAUGCAGUCGCUACAUGGUCACAGUGGUCCUCUUUGCUAUGGUAUAAAAAUCACCAAGUGGUUGGGAACUUGUAGGAAUGAUAUACAUAAUAUCCAACUCUCUAAAAUUAAUAUAUCUUUCUUUUAUUUAAAAAAAAGAGUGAAUUAAAUAGAAAAUCACUCUCACUAAACACAAGAUGAAGAUUAUACAGUUGUUUUGGACAGUCCGUUGCAAGUUUAUAACGUGUAAUUAAGCAACGUUAAAAACUCUAAUAAUUUUCUUGUAUGAUUG